AAGUCACCACCAUAUAAGUGGAUUUUAUCUGAUUCUGUAGAUCAGAUUGCUUUAUUCUGGAUUUCAUGGUAACAAUACAGCAAGUAUGUAUAAUGUUUCAUUUCUGCAAGUAGUCAUGAUUGCUGAAGAAGAAAUUCUGAAGAGAGAAAUCAUUUUAUUUUGGUACCUUUUAUGGAAAUUUGAAUUUUGCUUUUCAUUUUUGAUAACUUUCUGCUAAAGGUAUGAACAAGUAAAGACCUUACCUCAUUAAGCAAGUACACAUGAAUAAGAAUGCCUAGAAGAGGAUUGAUUCUUCAAACCCGGACCCACUGGCUGCUGUUGGGCCUGGCUUUACUCUGCAGUUUGGUAUUAUUUAUGUACCUUCUGGAAUGUGCCCCCCAGACUGAUGGAAAUGCAUCUCUUCCAGGUGUCAUUGGGGAGAAUUAUGGUAAAGAGUAUUAUCAAGCCCUCCUACAGGAACAAGAAGAACAUUAUCAAACCAGGGCAACCAGUCUGAAACGCCAGAUUGCCCAGUUGAAACAAGAAUUACAAGAAAUGAGUGAGAGGAUGAGAUCAUUGCAAGAGAGAAAGAUUGGAGGAGUUAAUGGCAUAGGCUAUCAAGGCAACAAGGAGCAAGCACCUAGUGAUCUUUUAGAGUUUCUUCAUUCCCAAAUUGACAAAGCUGAAGUUAACAUAGGAGCCAAGAUACCAAGUGAAUAUGGGGUCAUUCCCUUUGAAAGUUUCACCUUAAUGAAAGUAUUCCAGUUGGAAAUGGGUCUCACUCGCCAUCCUGAGGAAAAGCCAGUUAGAAAAGAUAAGCGCGAUGAAUUGGUAGAAGUUAUUGAAGCUGGGUUGGAGGUCAUUAAUAAUCCUGAUGAAGAUGAUGAACAGGAAGAUGAGGAUAGUCCCCUUGGAGAGAAGCUGAUAUUUAAUGAAAAUGACUUCAUUGAAGGUUACUGUCGCACCGAGAGGGAUAAGGGCACACAGUAUGAGCUCUUUUUUAAGAAAGCAGACCUGAUGGCACACAGACAUGUGACCCUCUUCCGCCCUUUUGGACCUCUCAUGAAAGUGAAGAGUGAGGUGAUCGACAUUACUAGCUCUGUCAUUAACAUCAUCGUGCCACUUGCUGAAAGAACAGAAGCAUUUGCACAGUUUAUGCAGAACUUCAGGGAUGUAUGUAUUCAUCAGGACAAGAGGAUUCACCUCACCGUGGUGUAUUUUGGUAAAGAAGGCCUGUCUAAAGUCAAGUCUAUCCUAGAAUCUGUCACAAGUGAAUCUAAUUUUCACAAUUAUACCAUGGUGUCCUUGAAUGAAGAGUUUAAUCGUGGAAGAGGACUAAAUGUGGGUGCCCGAGCUUGGGACAAGGGCGAGGUCUUGAUGUUUUUCUGUGAUGUUGAUAUAUAUUUCUCAGCCGAAUUCCUUAACAGCUGCCGAUUAAAUGCUGAGCCAGGUAAAAAGGUGUUUUACCCUGUGGUGUUCAGUCUUUAUAACCCUGCCAUUGUUUAUGCCAAUCAGGAUGAGCCACCACCUGUGGAACAGCAGCUGGUUCACAAAAAAGAUUCUGGCUUUUGGAGAGAUUUUGGCUUUGGAAUGACUUGUCAGUAUCGAUCAGAUUUCCUGACCAUUGGUGGAUUUGACAUGGAAGUCAAAGGUUGGGGUGGAGAAGAUGUUCAUCUUUACAGAAAAUACUUACAUGGAGACCUUAUUGUAAUUCGGACUCCAGUUCCUGGUCUCUUUCACCUCUGGCAUGAGAAACGCUGUGUGGAUGAAUUGACUCCAGAGCAAUACCGCAUGUGCAUCCAGUCCAAAGCCAUGAAUGAGGCCUCACAUUCUCACUUGGGAAUGCUGGUCUUCAGAGAGGAAAUAGAGAUGCACCUUCAUAAACAGGCAUACCGGACAAAUAGAGAAGCUGUUCGUUAAUGUCAUCAUCAAUAUCAUCUUAGUGCAUUACUGUCUGAACUAUAAACCAGCACCAUUUAUUUAGCCUUAAUUCCAAAUAGACAUACAGUGCCUCUUUCAGGGAAGAAAUAGAUUAUUUUUUCUUGUUCUUUCUGACACGUCUUGCUAUGAGAAGAAAAAUAAUUGUUUCAAAAUACAAAUCCUCUAUUUUGUGAGAACACUGCACUAUAGAGUAUUGGACAUACUGGAACCUGUUGGUUGUCUCAAAAG